CUCAUCAUCUCUUCAGCUCACCGUCUGCUCCUGACUCAAACUCAUCAGCGACCCGUUUGAAGGUCCUGAAAUAUACGCCAACGAUACGCCCCUGCCUUUUGCCCGAACAGCGCAGAUUCGUACACCUUUGUCGUCCACUUUGGACCGCUUGAAAUCGCCUGAUCAUGUCUGACGCUCCUGGUGGGGGAGGAGGUGCAUACUCCUUCUCGCUCACUACCUUUUCCCCAUCUGGAAAAUUGGUGCAGAUUGAACAUGCUUUGGCUGCUGUCGCCGGAGGUGAUACAAGUCUCGGUAUCAAAGCUACGAAUGGUGUAGUUCUCGCGACAGAUAAGAAAGCCCCCUCUCUCCUCCUUGAUACUUCUGCUCUCGAGAAAGUCGCUCCCAUUUGUCCGAAUAUUGGAUUCGUCUACUCAGGCAUGGGACCUGAUUUCAGAGUGCUCGUUGCCAAAGCGAGAAAGAUUGCUCAGGCUUACUGGAAAGUAUAUGGCGAAUAUCCACCAACAAAGGUAUUGGUUCAGGAAGUUGCUGGAGUCAUGCAAAAGGCCACGCAGUCUGGUGGUGUUCGACCAUAUGGUAUCUCCUUGUUGAUUGCUGGCUGGGAUGCACACCGGGGUCAAAGCCUGUAUCAGGUCGAUCCCUCCGGUUCAUAUUGGGCUUGGAAAGCGAGUGCUAUUGGAAAGAACACGGUCAACGGAAAGACGUUCCUGGAGAAACGGUACAACGACGACCUGUCGCUCGAAGAUGCCAUUCACACUGCCCUUCUGACACUCAAGGAAGGCUUCGAAGGACAGAUGACGGAGAACACCAUCGAGAUCGGUAUCGUCACUUGUCCUACCGCUGAUCAGCUCGUCGAAAAGCCGGGAGAGAGAUUACCACCAACAUUUAGAAAAUUGACCGAAGCUGAAGUACGAGACUACCUGGCAUUGUAAAGAUGUGAUUAAAGACGACAUGGCAAGGCAUGCACUGGAUGAA